AUGAACGCAUCUCCUCACAAUGAUUCUGCCACCAUAAACCUCGAUUUCCCUCCCCUCGAACCCGACGUCGAUGUUCGUAUCGUGGGUUCUUGUCGAGGCAUUUUACUUCUCCAGAUAGAAAAAAAGCAAGAAAAACGUCUGUUUCUGUGGAAUCCUGUGAUCACUGGCACUUACAAACAGAUCACACAGCCUCCUGAAUGCGAAUAUGUAAUUCCGUUUGUCUUUUGUUAUCAUGAAUCUAUGGAUGACUACUUAAUUGGUCUCUCCUACUACAUUCCUAGUAGGUGGCGUGAGGUUUUGGAGGUUCUUUCUCUGAGGGAAAAAAUUGAUCUCAAAUGCUGCUACUAUUGUAGAAAACCAGUUCCAAACCUUGGUACAUUCUGGAACGGUGCUAUUCAUUUCAUAGCUUAUCGUUAUGGGAAAUCUUUUCCGGCAGAACUUAUUGCGUUUGAUAUAACAACAAAGGAUAUAAGAAAAGCACAUCUCCCCAUCGAACAUUCAAACUUUUUGGAAAAGUGCAGAUCUGUAAGUGCAUAA